AUGGUUGGUGGUCUGGACAGAUACUUCCAGAUUGCCCGUUGUUAUAGAGAUGAAGGAUCCAGACCGGACCGACAGCCUGAAUUUACACAGGUUGACAUAGAAAUGUCCUUCGUAGACCAGUGGGGGAUACGGCAGCUUGUGGAGGGAUUAUUGAGAUAUUCCUGGCCAGAAGAAAAGGGACCCCUUCCUGAUCCAUUUCCCGUGAUGACGUAUCCAGAAGCCAUGAGCAGUUAUGGCGUGGACAAACCUGACACCCGCUUUGAGAUGAAGAUCACUGAUGUAACGGCACACAUGAGGACAGCACAGCUGGGAUUUGUUCAGGAAGCACUCGGAAAACCCCAUGGAUGUGUGAAAGCCAUCAGAGUACCUGAGGGAGCGAAACAUAUUAAGGGUAAAGUUCUGGAUUCCAUGGUGGAGAAGAUCAAAGAGCAGUAUGGACAGGAAGUGAUGGCAAUUGCUGUGCGAUCCGAUGGUUCCUGGAAGACGCUUCUUGUGACAAAUACCUGAGUGAAGCGCAGAGGGAGGACCUUGCACGGGUCACUGGGGCAGUAGCUGAAGAUCUCCUCCUAGUGGCGGCAGGGGAGCAUGACACAGUGUGCACCGCUUUAGGAAAGCUGCGUCUGGAUGUAGCCUCUCGGCUAGAGGAAUGUGGGGUGCUUCUCCGUGACCCCAAUAUUUUUCGUUUCUUAUGGGUUGUCGACUUUCCACUCUUUCUCCCCAAAGAAGAUAAUGUAGAAGACCUGGAAUCAGCUCAUCAUCCAUUCACAGCUCCUCACUUGAAGGACAUGGAUCUUCUGUACGCAGAGCCAGCCAAGGUACGCGGCCAGCACUAUGACCUAGUCCUAAAUGGUAAUGAAAUCGGAGGUGGCUCCAUCCGCAUUCACAGUGCAGAACUUCAGCGCUGGGUCCUCCAGGAUGUUCUAAAGGAGGAUGUUAGUCUUCUCUCUCAUCUGCUGGAGGCUCUGGAGUCGGGAGCACCACCUCAUGGUGGAAUUGCAUUAGGACUGGAUCGUCUGAUUGCCAUUAUCGUUGGAGCACCAACUAUUCGUGAUGUUAUUGCCUUUCCAAAGUCAUUUCGAGGUCAUGACCUUAUGAGCAAGGCACCUGACUACGUUUCCCCCGAAGAUCUGCAGUGUUAUCACAUACAGGUUACAGACAAGUGA